AUAGCACAAACCCCACUCUCUGCAUUCUCAUUCAUCACCGAAUACACACAAAACCACUGUGAAAACUCUCUCUCUCUCUUUCUUAUCUCAUUCUCUUUUGUUUGGUUGUUCUGAGUUUCGGAUAUGGGUGUGACGCUCCUACCAGAUCUCGGCACCGAGAUUCUGAUUCCGGCCUGCGCGGUCGUCGGAAUCGCUUUCUCGCUCAUCCAGUGGCUGAUCGUCUCGAAAGUCAAGGUCACUCCCUCGUCGGAGCGCGCUUCUGCCAACAACGGCGCCGGAAAGAAUGGCUUCGCCGACCACCUCAUCGAAGAAGAGGAAGGACUCAACGACCACAGCAUCGUUCUCAAGUGCGCCGAAAUCCAAACCGCUAUCUCUGAAGGAGCAACCUCCUUUCUAUUUACCGAAUAUCAGUACGUUGGUGUUUUUAUGGCGGCUUUUGCUGUAUUAAUAUUCCUCUUCCUUGGCUCUGUGGAGGGUUUCAGCACCAAAAAUCAGCCUUGCACAUAUGACGAAACCAAGACUUGCAAGCCUGCUCUUGCAACUGCUCUCUUCAGUACCAUAUCAUUUGUGCUUGGUGCUGUCACUUCAGUUGUUUCUGGCUUCCUUGGAAUGAAAAUUGCUACCUAUGCAAAUGCCAGAACCACAUUGGAGGCAAGAAAGGGUGUUGGGAAGGCAUUUAUCACUGCAUUUAGAUCUGGUGCAGUCAUGGGCUUUCUCCUUGCUGCGAAUGGUCUCUUGGUGCUUUUUAUUGCCAUCAAUCUCUUUAAGAUGUAUUAUGGUGAUGAUUGGGGAGGUCUUUUUGAGUCUAUCACUGGUUAUGGUCUUGGUGGAUCUUCCAUGGCUCUCUUUGGAAGAGUUGGUGGAGGUAUCUAUACUAAAGCUGCUGAUGUUGGUGCUGAUCUUGUUGGCAAGAUUGAAAGGGACAUUCCAGAGGAUGAUCCAAGAAAUCCAGCUGUCAUAGCUGAUAAUGUUGGUGAUAAUGUUGGGGAUAUAGCUGGCAUGGGAUCUGAUCUAUUUGGCUCAUAUGCUGAGUCUUCCUGUGCUGCCCUUGUUGUAGCUUCCAUCUCCUCCUUUGGGAUCAAUCAUGAGUUCACUCCGAUGUUAUAUCCUCUUAUUGUCAGUUCUGUGGGUAUCAUUGUUUGUUUGAUUACCACCUUAUUUGCAACUGAUUUCUUUGAAAUCAAGGCUGUGAAAGAAAUUGAGCCAGCAUUGAAGAGGCAACUCAUCAUUUCAACCAUUCUGAUGACUGUUGGAGUUGCAGUUAUUAGUUGGGUUGCUCUCCCAUCCUCCUUCACUAUCUUCAACUUUGGAACUCAGAAAGUUGUCCAUAAUUGGCAGCUGUUCUUAUGUGUUGCUGUUGGUUUGUGGGCUGGGCUUAUUAUUGGAUUUGUAACUGAGUAUUAUACUAGCAAUGCAUACAGCCCUGUACAAGACGUCGCUGACUCUUGCCGUACUGGAGCUGCUACUAAUGUCAUUUUUGGCCUUGCAUUGGGCUACAAAUCAGUCAUUAUUCCUAUCUUUGCCAUUGCUAUUAGUAUUUUUGUUAGUUUCAGCUUUGCUGCUAUGUAUGGUAUUGCAAUGUCUGCUCUUGGAAUGCUGAGCACAAUAGCUACUGGAUUGGCAAUUGAUGCUUAUGGUCCCAUCAGUGACAAUGCUGGAGGCAUUGCUGAGAUGGCUGGCAUGAGCCACAGAAUCCGAGAGAGAACUGAUGCUCUUGAUGCUGCUGGAAACACCACUGCUGCUAUUGGAAAGGGUUUUGCAAUUGGUUCUGCUGCCCUUGUGUCCCUGGCGCUCUUUGGUGCAUUUGUGAGCCGUGCAGGAAUCUCAACAGUUGAUGUCUUGACUCCAAAAGUGUUUAUUGGACUGAUUGUGGGAGCGAUGCUUCCUUACUGGUUCUCUGCCAUGACAAUGAAGAGUGUGGGAAGUGCAGCUCUUAAGAUGGUUGAGGAAGUCCGCAGACAGUUCAACACCAUCCCAGGUCUCAUGGAGGGCACUGCCAAGCCUGACUAUGCUACCUGUGUUAAAAUCUCCACUGAUGCUUCAAUUAAAGAGAUGAUCCCACCCGGUGCCCUUGUCAUGCUCACACCACUUAUUGUUGGUAUCUUUUUUGGUGUGGAAACUCUCUCUGGUGUACUUGCUGGAGCCCUUGUUUCUGGUGUACAGAUAGCAAUCUCUGCGUCCAACACUGGUGGUGCUUGGGAUAAUGCCAAGAAGUAUAUUGAGGCUGGUGUUUCAGAGCAUGCGAAGUCCCUUGGUCCAAAAGGAUCUGAUCCACACAAGGCAGCUGUUAUUGGUGACACCAUCGGGGAUCCACUCAAAGAUACAUCUGGACCAUCACUUAACAUUCUUAUCAAGCUAAUGGCCGUUGAGUCACUUGUGUUUGCUCCCUUCUUUGCUACACAUGGUGGCCUGCUCUUCAAGUUCCUCAGAUUUACAUUAAAGUGCUGUUUGUCCGUUACUGAUGCUUUGGCACAUCAGUACGAAAGAAUAGAAAUCUCAGAACCUCAAAACUCAAACCCAUCUCUCACCACCAUGCUCUCUCUCUCCUCUCUCCACCCCAACUCUUCACCACCACAACUCAACAACCCUUCGCUCUCCUCCUCCUCCUCACUUUCUCUCUCUUCUUCACCUUCUCUCAAACCCACCACCGCCGCCGCCGCCGCCACCGCCAUAACCCCCAAAACCCUCCAUCUCCGCCGCAAACCUCUCCGGAUCCGAGCCUUAGACGCGGCGCAGCCCUACGACUACGAAACAAAGCUCGCCACAACCCAUUUCCACACCACCCACCACCUCAAAAUCGGAAUCAUUGGCUUCGGCAACUUCGGCCAGUUCCUAGCCAAAACCCUCGUCUCCCAAGGCCACACCGUCCUCGCUCACUCUCGCUCUGACCACUCCCACGCCGCCAAAUCUCUCGGCGUUUCCUUCUUCUCCGACCCAAAUGACCUCUGUGAGGAGCACCCAGAAGUCAUUCUCCUCUGCACUUCCAUAAUCUCCACCGAGCGCGUCCUCGCUUCUCUCCCUCUUCAAAGACUCAAACGCAGCACUCUGUUCGUCGAUGUUCUCUCUGUCAAAGAGUUCCCAAAGAGUCUUCUUCUGGAUAUCUUACCUCCUUAUUUCGAUGUCAUUUGUUGCCACCCCAUGUUCGGUCCCCAAAGUGCUAAGCGGACAUGGGAUGGUCUUUUCUUUGUGUACGAGAAAGCUCGGAUUACCAAUGAGGAUUCGAGGAUUUCACGGUGUGAUAAGUUUCUCAAUGUUUUUGCGAGAGAAGGGUGUGAAAUGGUGGAGAUGAGCUGUGCAGAGCAUGAUAAGUACGCGGCUGGUUCGCAGUUUAUUACUCACACGGUUGGGAGGGUGUUGGAGAUGUUGAACUUGGAGUCUACGCCGAUUAACACAAAAGGGUAUGAGACUUUGUUGAAUUUGGUGGAGAUCACGGCUGAGGAUAGCUUUGAUUUGUACUACGGCUUGUUUAUGUACAAUAAGAGUGCCAUGGAGAUGUUGGAGAGGUUGGAUUUGGCUUUCGAGGCUUUGAGGAGUGAGCUUUUUGGUCGGUUGCAUGGUGUGGUCAGGAACCAGUUGUUUGAUAAGGCACAGAAGGCGAAGAGUUCCUUGUUUAAUGGCAAUGGCGCGGGGCACAACUGGACUCAGAAUGGUGCUGCAUUGCAAUCUACUUCAUUGGCUACGAGGUCUCAGGAUGUCACUCAACCCUAUGAGUACAAAGGUCAGAUCUCCCAACCUAUUGAUGAUAGCUCAAAGCUAAAAGUUGCAAUAGUUGGAUUUGGAAACUUCGGACAGUUCCUUGCGAAGACGAUUGUACGCCAAGGACACACAGUUUUGGCUUAUUCUAGAUCAAACUACUCUAAUGCGGCUCAAGAAUUAGGUGUUUCUUACUUCUCUGAUGCAGACGAUCUUUGUGAAGAACAUCCUGAAGUGAUUCUCGUUUGUACUUCCAUUCUUUCGACAGAGCAAGUUCUCAAGUCAUUGCCACUUCAGAGAUUGAAGAGAAGUACUUUGUUUGUUGAUGUACUUUCUGUGAAAGAAUUUCCAAGAAGUUUGUUUCUUCAAUAUCUGCCAUCAUAUUUUGAUGUUCUCUGCACGCAUCCAAUGUUUGGACCCGAGAGUGGUAAAAAUGGAUGGAAUGGUCUUCCUUUUGUUUACGAUAAGGUUAGGGUUGGAAGUGAUGAAUCAAGAGUGUCACGGUGUGACGGGUUUCUUGAUAUUUUUGCACGAGAAGGGUGCCGGAUGGUGGAAAUGUCUUGUGCAGAACAUGAUUGGCAUGCAGCAGGGUCACAGUUCAUUACCCACACGAUGGGAAGGGUUUUGGAAAAGUUGGGGUUGGAGUCUACGCCAAUUAACACAAGAGGCUAUGAGACUUUGUUGAAUUUGGUGGAGAAUACUGCUGGGGAUAGCUUUGAUCUUUACUAUGGCUUGUUCAUGUACAAUGCAAAUGCUAUGGAGCAACUAGAGCGGUUGGAUCAUUCUUUUGAAUCAUUGAAGAAGCAGCUAUUUGGGCGUUUGCAUGGGGUUCUUCGGAAGCAGCUUUUUGGGACUGCAGAGAAGUUCCAAGUUUCAAGGGAAAAACCCAUGUUGCCAAAGCUUUCUCAAAGCAGUGCUGCACUGCCAUCUUCUUCAGAUACUCUUCAUGUCCAAAACAACUAAGUUCAAUGUUCCAGCCUUAGUGGCCUAUAAGGCUGUAAAGUCAAGGAAGACAUGGCCCUUGAGGGAGCAGAAUGGCAAAAACCUAUUGGUUUAUCCAUGUUUUGAUUAGUUGAGUUAGUUAUCGCAUUUUUGCCCCAAGUCUUGAUUAGUUGGUUCACAGGAGGAUUUUUUGGCGACUCCUCCAUUUAGGUUCCAACUAAUUGCUGUUUGUUGUAUCAUUUAUUAGAGUAAUUAUAAUGGGUAAUUUAGAAAAGUGGAGUGAUCCUUCAACACGUUUCUUGUUCCCAUUUUGUGAGCUCUUGACUGUGAAGAAAUUCUUAUUCUUUGUCCUGGUUAGUUCAAUAAUUUUAUUUCCAACAGAGAUGUCUGAGUUGAA